UGAAGGGAGAUUGGGUGAGUUUGAGUAUUGAGAGGUUGAGUUGAUAUUGUGGUGUCUGUUGUGCAUGUAUUAAACAUAUUUGUGAGUGUAAUGCAUUGAUUUUGCUAUUGUUUGUGUUUGUGUGUUGAUCAUUCUAUUGAAUGUCUCAUUGUGUGUUGAAUGGAAUGUCUGUUGCUUUAAUAUAUUUUAACAUAAACACUCUCUCACUAUCUUAUCAGUUUCUUCUUUACUCGGGGGGGGGGAUGACAGCCAUCCAUCUUGCUGCAGCGAAUAAUCACGUGACCAUUGUAGAGAGACUUUUGUCUUGUUCUGUUCCUGUUGAUAUCAAUGAUAAUGAUGGUUGUACACCACUGUGGGAUGCUGCCUAUCGUGGUUGUGUGUGUUGUGUUGAUGUUCUCCUAAAACAUGGAGCGAGUCCCCAACAUGAGAGUAAGAGUGGAUCACCACUGGUAAUUGCCAAGGUAAAAGGUCACAGUGAUGUGGUUGAGAUGAUGGAAGAAGCCAUAAGAUUGAGAUCUCAUCCGUAUAUUGAGGGUCAUGUGUCUGUUAUGAGACAUCAAUAUGAAGAGAAAAUUGCUGAACUGGAGAGUGAAGUGGAGAAGAUGAAAGAAGAAUUAAGACAAUCAUCCCUGGUCCAUGAGAGUGAAAGAACAAGACUGAGUAACGAAAUCCAACGGAAACAGAAGGAAAUACGACGUCUCAGAAUGUCAGCAGCUGAUAGAAAUGUAUCAUGCGUGCUGUCAGUGUUCUUGCUUGUGAUCAGUGGAGUGACGUUGGUCUUGAGUUAGGCUACACAACAAGUUCUCUCAAAUCACACACUAAAGGCAUUGCCGACGAUUGCAGCAAACUGCAUUUCAUACUGAGAAAAAAAGGCGAAUCUGUUGGUAGCAGCAAAGUUGUUGGUAUCAUCUUGUCUGCUUGCCAGCAGAUUUCCAUGCCAAUUUGUGCUGCUGCAAUAAGAGAUGAGGUGGUUAGACGUCAAGAGAGACCGAGAACACAGAACGGUGGACAAUAGAAUAAUUGACUUUGUCACUUUGUUGUUUGCAUGGCUGAUCAUAUGGUUUAUUGUUGAUGUGAGCAAGUGAUGUUUUCCAUUUUAGAAGAAACACAUCUUUCUUGUUUGUACUGCUACAUGCGUUCUUCUUUUGUUUUUACAUUCAUGGUUAUG